AUACGAUCGAUCGUAUAAAUCCUUUGAAUUCCUCAAAGAACCUUCUAGAACUACGAAACCAACCCUCACCUUCAUUCCUCCAACUCUCGCUCUCUCUGUUUUGCUCCAUCGUCUCCAAAGCCUUCGUCUUUCAUAUUCUAAAAUUUUGAUUUCAAUUCUAUUUUUCAUCUUUUUAUAGUUAAUUAGAUUCUGUUUUAUUUAGUUUGGUAGAGGCGUGACUUUCGAUAUGGCUCCGACGUCGGUGGAGCCGAACGGCGGUGAGUCCACAUCAGGCGAGUCAUCCCAGAGAGCUUUACCGACACCAUUUCUGACCAAGACGUAUCAGCUGGUCGAUGAUCCCACAAUCGACGACGUCAUCUCUUGGAACGACGACGGAUCUAGCUUUGUCGUCUGGAACCCCACCGUCUUCGCCAGAGAUUUGCUCCCCAAGUAUUUCAAGCACAACAACUUCUCUAGCUUCGUCAGGCAGCUCAACACCUACGGAUUUAGAAAAGUUAUACCAGACCGUUGGGAAUUCUCGAACGAUUGCUUUCGAAAAGGCGAAAAGCGGCUUCUCUGCGAGAUACAGCGCCGAAGAAUCAUGCCUCCGGCGCCGUCGGUGGCCGUUUCUCCGAUGGCGACGGCAGCGGUGGUUCCGAAUGCGAAACCUAUGAUAUCUCCAUCGAACUCCGGCGAGGAGCAGGUGAUUUCGUCGAGCUCGUCGCCGAUCAGAGCUCCGUCCGAGCUCAUGGACGAGAACGAAAAGCUGAGAAAGGAGAACAUGCAGCUCACCAAGGAACUGGCGGAAGUCAAGUCUCUCUGCAACAACAUCUUCAGCAUGGUCUCGAAUUACGCGUACGCACAAUCGGAAAGCGGUUUCCCAUAUGUGAAACCGCUGGAUUUGAUGCCUGAAAAGCGGUUCUCCGGCGAGGGCGAGAAGGAAGAAGAGGAGGCGAGCCCGAAGCUUUUCGGUGUGGCGAUUGGAGCCAAGCGAGCAAGAGAGACCGUCGGCGACGGUGUAGAGGAGGAUGAGACCGGCUUACGACUGCAGCAACCGAGCGGUGGUGGCGACGUUAAAUCAGAGCCGAUAGAUAUGGAUCGUCAGGAAACGCCGUGGCUGAAUCAGCGCCACAGGGCUAAUCAGAGGGUGUGUAAUUGAUUAUUGAUUAGUUAGCAUUUACGUUUAGAUGUUAGAUGGAGUAGUACUAGAGUGGGAACUGUGUGGGGGUGAAAGUUGAACCCCCGUUACUUACAAGGAUUGAGGCACGUGUUAAAAAUGGGUUCACGUGCGUCGUCAACCUUUAGGGACCCAUUUCAAGAAAUUUCUUAGACUUUCUAAACUUUUUUUCAAUGGUUUCUUUUGCUAUUGCAUAUGGUGCUUUGCAUAAUAAAGCGCAUGUAAUCUGAUCAAAUAUUUC